AUGCAUAGUCCUCGAGCACUGGCAAUGUAUGGACUCUAUGACAGACAAGUCAGACUUUUUGGACAACACACUCAGGAUCUUAUAGAAAAGGCACACGUGUGCAUAAUACAAACACAUCAAAGUUAUCGUGAUCAAUAUCAUAGAGAUAUAGACAUUGGAGGAGAAAUCAUUAAGAACCUUGCGCUUCUUGGCGUGCGCACAAUAUCUGCAAGUAAAUGUGCAAUCGAGUCUUUUAAAAGAAUGUUCCAUGGCUGCAUCAAAGACAUAAACUCGGAAAUAGAGAUAAAUGAAGUAAAUUCCAUCAAUGUACAGCAUAAAUACACGUUUAUCAUAUUUAUUAAUGGCUUGAACGAGUAUAAGCUCGAGGGUAUUUAUGCAUGUUCAAAGUGCAUGUCAUUCCAUAGUGCUCUGAAGCUACACAUAUGCUCUGAAGCAUCCACAUGUAUUUCGUUUGCAAACGACUGCCUUCUUGGCGCAAUAAUUGUCCAAGAGUGGAUAAAGAAACUCCAAGGCAAGCCUUGUGUUGAGUGUUAUACACUCUGUCUUUAG